ACCAACGGAGGCAGCCUUCAGCCUCGCGCCUUUACCUCUCUGCCCUUCCCACCUGCUAUGUCGCGCUGAUCCCGUCUCGUCCCCGAAUCAAUCGCGAAUCCCAUCUCCCCAAUCGCGACUUCUCUCCCAACAUGGCUGCAGUUUACGCCAAUGGCGCGAAUGGCGUGAACGGCGCUGGCAGCAUGUUCCCACCGCCGCGCUACUCGGACGUGCCCAGCUCCAUCACCAUCUCCGUCGCCGAUGAGGAAGGAGGCCAGCUCGAUGUCGAAAUUCCCCUUGACGAGCAGAUCCAGGACGACCCAACCGAGCUAUGCGACAUUCUAGAGGCCGAGAAGAGCGCGACGUCGACGUGGGUCCAGGUCGCCGUGGCCUAUGCGAAGCGCAAGAGGAUAGAGACGGCCAUAGACGUGCUGCGCCAGGCCACCGAAGUCUUCAACCGCGCGCGCGGCGAAGACAGGCUCAGCAUCCUCAACGGCCUCUGCUGGCUGUACCUGCUCAAAUGUCGCGAAGCACCGCGCGUUAGGCCUCAAAACGCAGAUUCAGAUGUGAAACUCAAAGAGUACUGGAUCCAGUCGGCCACCGGCGUACUCAACGAUGCCUCCCGUAUCAGCCCCUCGCACCCCCCGUUGUUCCUCGCUCGCGGUGUUCUAUACCUGCUCAGGGCCUCACUCCAGGGCCCUGCGACUGCGGCCGGCUCCACUGUCAGCCCCGAGCGCAUGGAGACGCUCAAGCAGGCAGCCAAAUGUUUCGAGGACGCGCUGAGGGCAUCCGGCGGCAGGAACCUCAUGGCUAAAAUGGGCAAGGCCCGCGUUCACUACUCCAUGGGCAAGUGGGCAGAAGCCUUAAAGGGAUACCAAAACAUCCUCGAGAGCUCGCCGGACCUCCUCGAUCCAGAUCCACGCAUUGGUAUCGGCUGCUGUUUCUGGCAACUUGGCCACAAGGACGAGGCUGCCAGCGCCUGGCAGAGGUCUCUCGAGCUCAACCCAAGUUCCAAGAUCGCUUUGAUUCUACUGGGCAUCUACAACUUCCAGCAGACCGCCAACCUUUCCACCUCCGACCCCAAGUUUGCCGCACUGAUCAAGAAGGCGACUGGUGAAUACAUUCAGCCCGCCUUGAAGAUCGACAACCAGUACCCCCUGAGUUGUGCCACAGUCGGUAGCUACCUUGCUCUGAGGAGAGAUGUCGCCAAAACCGAAGACGUAGCGAAACGCGCCAUCGAACUCACCGACACCAACGCCAUAGCCAGCGAUGGUUGGUACCUACGAGCCAAGGUCGCGCAUCAACAGGACAACACUUCACUUGCGGCAGAGUACUACCAGAAGUCUGAUCAGGCCCGUGGAGGCGAGGAGCGGGGUUUCAUACCAGCCAAGUUCGGACUGGCCCAGAUGAACGUCUUGAUGAACAACUACGAUGGCGCCAAAUUCCGCCUCGAGAAGAUCCUCCAACAAUCGCCCAACGUCGAAGCCCAGACACUGCUUGGUACUCUCUUCGCUGAAGACGUUUUCGCCGCUCAGAACAACAAGUCCACAGAGGACAAAUCCGCUGAGUUGAAGAAGGCAUUGAAAUAUCUUGAGAGCGUACAGAGCGCAUGGAAGGACCCCAAGAAGAAGGUCAUCCCUGACCAGUCGGUUUUGCUCAACCUGGCUCGACUUUAUGAGAACGAUCACCCCGAGAAGAGCCUGAAGUGUCUGGAGGAAGUGGAGCAAAUGGAGAUCGAAGCCAUCCCAGAGGAGGAUUACCCAGAGGGCGUCGAAGAGGGCGCCGAACUCACAGCAGCACUUCGCCAACUCCUGCCGCCACAGCUACUCAACAACAUGGGCUGCUUCCAUUUCCAGGCCGAGCGCUACGUGCGAGCUCAGGAACUCUUCCAGGUGGCUCUCAACGCCUGCGUAAACGCCGAGAACCGCGACGAUACAAUCGACACGGAUGCACUCGUUACCUCGAUCAGUUUCAACCUUGCCCGAACUUACGAAGCCGAGGGCCAAGCGGAGGAGGCAAAGAAGGUGUACAACAGUCUGCUUCAACGACACCCUGAUUACGUCGACGCGCGGAUUCGCCUUACCUACAUUGCGUUGAGGGAGAACCCACAAGAUGAGGGCCCUAGAGCAAUGAAGGAUCUCUUCAAGGAGAAUGAAGACAAUGUUGAGGUGCGAGCCUUGUACGGAUGGUAUGUCAACAAGUCGAAGAAGAAGACCUCCAACUUCGCAGCGGACGACGAGCAGCGACUGUACAAACACACUCUGCAGAAGUCGGACAAACAUGAUCGCUAUUCGCUAAUGGGCAUGGGCAACAUCCAUCUCGCUAUCGCGCGCGAGAUGCCACGAAGUUCGGAACAGGAUAAAGAGAAGCGUCGGAAGAGCUACGAGCGAGCCGUGGAAUUUUUCGACAAGGUGCUGCAACUCGAUCCGAAGAAUGCGUAUGCUGCUCAGGGUAUCGCCAUUGCGCUAGUAGAAGACAAGAAGGACUACUCCACAGCCCUGCAAAUCUUCUCAAAGGUCAGAGAAACACUCAAGGAUCACAGUGUCUUUGUCAACUUGGGACACACGUAUUGCGAGAUCAAGCAGUAUGCGCGAGCAAUUGAAAACUAUGAAGCAGCCCUAUCCCGAAACAGACACAACGACCCAAAGAUCCUGGCUUGUUUAGGACGAACCUGGUAUCUUCGAGCCAAGCAUGAAAACAGCAUCGCCGGAUUCCGCACCGCACUUGACUACUCAAAGCAAGCGCUCGCAGCCGCUCCCGCAGACCUCAACUCUCAGUUCAACGUCGCUUUCGUCCAGUUCCAGAUCGCCACCCGAAUCUACCAGCUCACCGAACAGCAGCGCACGCUCGAAGACGUCGACCAAGCCGUGAUAGGUCUCAACGAGGCGAUUGAAACACUUGAGAAACUCACUAAGGAAGAGAACCCGCCCUUCCCGCGUGCCGACAUCACCGCUCGUGCAAACAUGGGUCGUAAUACCAUGGUCAAGCAGCUCGAACGUACCCGCGAGAAGCAAGCCGCAUACGAAGGCGAGAACGCGACCAAGCUCGACCAAGCGCGCCGCAUCCGUGAAGCUGAAGUGCGCCGCCGCGAGGAAGAAAAGGCACGCGCAGAAGCAGAGGCCCUGGACAAGAAGCGCAAGUACGCCGAGGAGCAGCAGCGCCUCCUCCAGCGCGACCGCGAACUCAUGGAGAAGCGUAACGAAGAAGAACGUCGGCGCAUGGAAGAGGACGAGGACAAGGAAGUCCGCAAGGCGGAGCGCAAAGCACGUGGACCCAAAGGCCCGAAGCGCAAGAAGAAGGACGCCGACUCUGACACCGACGGUCUGCCUUCUGAUGACGACGAGCCACGCUCAAGGCGUAGGAGGACGACGGCUAGUGGUACUGAGGACCUAUCCGACGAAGAGCGGCCCCGCGAGAAGAAGAAGAGGAAGCUGGCCCGCAAGAGCGAACCAGUUGGUAAAUACAAGUCCGCGGAAUUCAUCGACGAUGAGAGCGACGAAGACGGUGCAGCGCCCGCUGAUGAUGGAGAGAAAGCCGAUGGCACGGCUGGAAGCGACGACGAUGGUGCCGCAGCUGCAGCUCCCCGUCCCCGCAAAGCCCGCGUCGUCGAUGACGAAGAUGAAGACGACGACGCCAUCGCCGCGCCAAAAGCUAAUGGCGACACCGCCAUGGACGAUGACGAGGAUGAGUAGCGCUGUCGCAUAUCAUUCCAUGGCGAGGUCCCAUGGCUUUCUUGAAGUCAAAGGGGAAACAUGUUGCAUCCGGCGUUCGUUUGAGCUAUCCGUCUAAUCCCUUUUUGCGCCUCUUAUUCUUCCUUUUUCUAAGUUCUUGCAUCAGCGCUACGGCGUCUUCGGGGGGACAGACAACGGGAAUCAUAUCAUCAGCUCCGUUUUAUUGUACGGCACUACUAAAAUUUGUAUACCACAUGCAAGGGCGGGGCUUAUAGAGAUGCAAUUCAAAGUAAAUGUAC